UUGUAUCUAAUUUAUAAGUUAUAUAUAUUUUUUUUCAUAGUCUCUUAGUUUUAGUCGUACUGCAUUAUCGUAUAUGGUUUUAAAUACAACAUAUAUAUUUACAAAUACGAUGGCAGAAGAUGUAGUUAUUAUUAACGAUGAUCCAUUCAGCGCUGAGCUUGUUGAAGUACCUACAGAUAGAGAAGUGAAAAUAAGUAAUGAUGUGGUUGAUACAAUAGUGAUAGAUGAAGAUAAGUUAACAGAUGAUGUUGUUUAUGUAUCAGAACAGAGACAGAGUCUAGGUGAUGAUGAUAUUGAAAUUGUAGAUAUUCAAUCAGAUAGAACCACAAUAAAUGCAACACAUGUCACUUUUGACAGUGUUUAUAAAGAAAAUAAAAAGCUAGCAGAGAUUAUUGAGAAGUGCCUUGACUUGGAGAAUUCACAUGGAAUGCUAAGAGUAAUAAAUAGGACACUGUUGCCAAGAUACAGAGAUAUAGAUGAAAACUACAAAAUAUCGUCUGAUUUUGAUAGGGUUUUGAAUAAGAUGAUAUCUCUAUUAGAUACAGACCCUUUUCACAAAUUCUCACAUGUAAAACGGUUAUGUGAUAUUAUGAAAGCUAGUAAAACUAGGAAAAAGGCAAAUUUAAUUACAUUGUCAAAUAAUGUAACAGGUAUUUCAAGCAAGAAAAUCAAAAACAGGAUUCAUAUUAAUAGUGAAAUAAAUAAACCCAAAAAAAGACAAAAACUGGACAAUGAGAAGCAAGACAAUUACUUAGAAGUAGAAGUUCCAGCUGUUAACUUAAAUGAGAACAAUAUAGAUGUGAUUGAUUUAAGCGAUGAGGAAGUUGAUGAUGGAAAAGUAUUAAAAAGUGAUGAUAAUGUUUUAAUAAAUAAUAAUUUGUAUGGAAACCUGAAUGAAUGUGAGGAAUCAUCCAAUUAUUUAAAUGGUACAAGUAAUUGCUUAAGAGAUAAAAUAUCAGACAGCAAUGUAGACAGCCAGUUAGUAGUAAAUGAUCAGGAGGCUUUGAAAAUGGUACAUCAAAAGAUUAGUAGUGAAGAAACUACUGAUUUAGUUUCAAGUGAUGUUCAUAAUGAAAAAACUUGUACUUUAGACACUAGUGAUGCAUUUGAUAACAAUUUACUAGUUGUUCGGAAAGAAAUAGAAUGUGAUAUAGUAUCAAGAGAUAAAAAUAUAGACAGAAUAAAACAAAUUGAAGAAGAAAUAAGGAUAUUAAAAAUUAAUAUUGAAAAAUUAGAAGUAUUAGAAGUAGAUGAUGAUUCUAUGUCAUCGCCAUACAUACAAUGUGAUCAGAUGAAGGCUACAAUAGUGAAAUUGUACAAAGAGCUGUGUUCACUGACUGGCGACGAAGCGGUGAAGCGGCGUAAAAUUCGCCUCCAAGUAAUGAACGAUCGACUACUGUUGCCUGUUAAGAAGUUAGAACAAUUGAUAAAUGACAAUAUCGGUAGUGAUGGAAAUCCACAAUUCCCAGAUUUCAAUGAGGUUAUCCAAUGUGUGGAUGAAGCAAAUAAGGCAGAAAAUUUGGGCUGGAGUGAAGCGCAGAUUAAUAAGGAAGCAAGGGCACUGUUCAUGCGCUGCGGUCAUGAGUUGCAAAAGUACCGUCAAAAACGCGAAUACCGUGAUCUCAUUAGUUACGUCCAAUUCAAUCUCGAAGCGGACCCGGCCGACGAAGAUCCACAUUUGUUAGCACGCUUGGAGGAGAAUAAACGGCAUGCUAUGAAAAAAGAGGCUGAAAUCUUGGAUAGGUUUGUUAAAUUAGUAAACUGCAACAACACAUCAUUACCGCCAUUGGUUCAAAGUGAAGCAGAUAAUAAUAGUGUUCAAAGAGACGUUAUAUGCACUAAUAAUGACACAAAAACAUCUGAAUUAGGCGACGUUAAUAAUCAAAGUAACAUAGAGUUGCCAGUUAGUACCGUUGAACAAAAUAGUACAGUAUUACCAGAAAAUGUUGUGAAAAAAUCUGAAUGUAUAGAAAAUAUAUCUUCAAACAUCACUCCACUUGAAAAAGAGAGUGUAAACCCAAUACACAAUAUAAUAAAUAACAAAUUUUCUUUUGAAAAUUCUGAACAUGUUGAACGUAGUUUCGCUCAGAAUAAUACAAUAACAAUUAAUAAUACGGAAUCAUCAAUAAAGAUAGAAAAUAAAGACAACAGUGUAUGUAAUUCAAAUGACGUAAAUAGUAACAAUGAAAAUGAUAUUUUAGAACAAGUUAAUCGUAAAUUAUCGGAAAUUGUUAAAACAUUUCCGAAUUCUAAGAACAGAAAUGAUAAUUGUUUAAGUGAUAGAAAAUAUUCUGAGCUGAUAACAUUUAUGGACGAUAAUUUAGUUGAAAACGCUAAAAAGCAUCACAUAGAGAAUAGUCAUGUAUCAAAUACUAGCAAAAUAAGUUCAUCACACAAGAAUGAAAACAAUAGCUAUAAAGAAAACUGUGAUACACUGUCCAUAGAUAUUAAAAAGGAGAAUCCAAAUGAAGAUUUAUUAAAAGCAUUGCAACGUCUUGGCGACUCUUUUACUACUACUAUAAUGGAUAUCGAUAUAGAUGAUCCAAGUUUAAUUGUAGAAAUUUCAUCAGACAGUUCUGAUAAUGAAGAGAGUUAAUAUUUUGCAUGUAUAAAAUUCAUGUCAUUUUACAUUAUGU